AUGGAAAAAUCUAACUUUUUAACUGUGAAGCAAUCGGCUCAGCAAACUAACAGUUCAGACUGCGGAGUUUUUGUGCUGGCGAAUACGGAAAAAUUAGUAGGUUUAGCAAGAGAAUAUCGAGCUGACCCGAAUGAUUUUUUUACCCUAACCGACCACGAAAGGGCAGUAAUUACUAAGAAAAUAACGAAAAUUCGGCAAAAAUUAUAUUCUGAAAGCAAAAGAAGUCCCGAACUAACUAAAUUUUUAAAAGCUGAUACUGGUCAGGUUCCCUACGGCCCUCAGCUAUCCUAUCUGCAACAAUCACUUAAUCCUGAAUUUCGGCAAAUGAUAAUCCUCAUCAGUGAUAAUAAUUUAACAAAAUUAGGAAUAACCAAUGCCGCUGAGGCAGCCGAAUUAGCCGAAGGAAUAAAAUUAACGGCAGAAGACCAAGCCUAUAUUAAUGAUUGUUUAGGAGUUGAAACAGUUAAAAAAUUUAAGGAAAAUUUUUUGCUUCUUAUUGAUACUUUAAAAUCCCCUUUAAAACAGCAAAAAGUAGUUUUCGGGAAAUUUGAUGCUAUUGAUUUGUCUUCUCCGUCCGCGGAGCCAAUGAAAAUACCUCCUAGCCCCACUCUGGAUGAAGUUUCCGAGACCCCCGACCUCUUAACUACUAUUGCCAAAAAACUAACAACUUAUAAUAUUUCCGAGGCCGAAUUUGAUGCUUUUUUCUUUAAUAGAUAUUUUGAGCGCCAAAAAGGAAAAAGUGAAAAGAUUACCGAAAAAAUUCUGGAAGAUGACAACUUAUUCACUAGGGAAGCGCUGACCAAAAUUAAUGAAUUUAGAAAUAACCCUACUACUAGCGAAGCCGAAAAAAAUGGUAUGAAAGCGUUCGAACGAGGAAUCUGGAAAUUAGAAUUUUUUUACAUGGCUCAAGAAGUAGUAGAAAAAAAAGAUUUGAACGAUUUAAGUGAUGACGAAAUUUUUGCUUAUUGUCAUCAUCUUGACUUGCCCCCCGAAAUCGGUCGCCAGAUUGCCGAAAAUGAAGAAAGAGAGGAUGAUGGUAGUAGUGAAGCAGAAAUCCUAGGACCGGACGAAGUGGUAAUGACAGACCGAGAGAAGGCAAAAGAAAUACUUGCUGAAUUGGAAAAAAUGGAAGAAGAGAAGUUGGAACAGGAAAGUGAAGAAGCAGUCAACAAAUUUUUAGAAUUAGCAAGUUUAAUUAAAUUUGCGGAUGGACGACCCGAAAAUCCGCUCGCUACCGUUAAGGAAAAAGACCUUACUCCCUAUUUAAAUGCCGACCAACUAACAAAAUUAAAUGAACUGCGAGAAAAAAUCAAUGGUGAACUCCACCAAAUAUCAGCAGUUAAUGAUUUUGAUUCCGCUAGCGAAACUCUAUUUUGCCAAUUAGUUCAGACCACGGAGCAAGCCGAAAAAUUUCUUAACCCACACGAACUAUUGAAAGAUUAUCAGACCGAUGAGGAAAUAGUAAAAGAGCAGCAAGCUAUCACUACUAUUGAGCAAGAACUAAAAAGAAUAAGCUGGCUUUUAGAAGGACUGGCCGCUAGUUUCAAAAGCACCGAUAAUUUUGAUGCUAACACUGUAAAAUUAUUGGAAGAGAUAGACAAAGGCAAAAGAGAGCUUGAGUUUUUAGCUUAUGAAGAAAGAGAAAUGAUAACAGCUCCGCUAUACGACGAAGAAUGA